CAAAAAGUACCAUGCAAAUCAAUCAUUGACCAUUGACUCUCCUGCUCGGCCCAAAGCGACCAAAAAAGUCUCCACUACCGUCUCUGUCGGCUCGCACCUUUCGAGUCCUCUCCGCAUUCUACGCUGCAUAGUUAACCGCGCCUCUAUCCAGACUUUAAACCCCCCCUACUCAUAACUCUAUGCUCAGCUCGCCUACCUUACGUUAGCCAAGCAACUCGUCGAUGUACAACGGGGAUAGCGAGUCAACCGCGAUCUCUCCCAUGUCAAAGAUAGUAUCAUGACAGUCCCGGUGUGCCUUGGACUGACAGCAACCUGAGACAUAAGGACUAGGGCUACAUUAGUCUAGUCGUUACGCUGCAUUCGUUUUGAUUUUGGUUAACUAGCUUUUGUUUGUGUUUUUCGGGCCAAAAACCUAGCGUCGGUUGUGUGCGCUGAGAGUUGCAUCUACUGUUUCUCUCCUUACCCCAGACUGCAGCUGGUUGCAUGUUCUACUGCUUCUCCGCAUAUGCACGGUCUCGACCUUGCUACUGAACUAAAGCUAUCAAUUUACCUCCCUCGAUCAACAACAAAGACACCGACACCGGAAACGACCCCGACAACGACGGCAACUGCAACGGCGACGGCGACGGCAAUCUCGCUCUCAGGCGACGAGGAGACCCAAUUUCGUGCGGCUUCCAUCCGGGGGUCCACGCGAAACCGAGGCUGCCGAAAUGACGUCCAGCCAGCCAACAACCGAAGCGCAGACCUUUCCCACCCUCGACCUCGAUGCAGAAGCCCACCUAAUGCACGCAGACGGCGUCGACCUCAAUGGGUUCCAACUCGAUGGAACCCCCAACGGCAGCCUGCACGAUGAUGCGCCUCCUCAAAACGUCAUGGAUUCCUCACACUUUGGUGACUUUCAGUUCCCCUUCCAGUCGAUCAAUGACGAAAGCACAAUAGUUGCCAUGACCGACGCCUCUCCUGCCGUCGAUGUCUUCCCCCCUCCGCAGCACCGCCCUUCGGUUUCCUCGAUGCCGGCCGACCGAAGGGGCUCUAUUGCCUCCGCAACCGGGCAAGCACCCAGCUACAAUGGCAACAGGGCUUCUCAGAGGAGGCAUAGCCAGGUCACAUCUGAAGAUGGCAGCCCAGAUAGUAACGGUAACGGCCUGUUGCUGGAGGACCCAGGCGCAGACGAAUUUGGGCUGAUCUCUCGCGGUCCCGGCGACGCAUCUGGGGCAGGCAAGUUCAAGGACGACAAGGGUGAAACAAUGCCGGCUUGGAGCGAGCUGAAAACAAAGGCCGGCAAAGAGCGCAAACGAUUGCCCUUGGCCUGCAUUGCAUGCAGGCGCAAGAAGAUACGCUGCUCUGGAGAGAAACCCGCCUGUAAACACUGCCUCCGAUCUAGGAUCCCGUGUGUGUACAAAGUGACGGCCCGGAAAGCCGCGCCAAGGACCGACUAUAUGGCCAUGCUAGACAAGCGUCUAAAGCGUAUGGAGGAGCGUAUCAUCAAGACUGUGCCCAAAUCUGAGCAAGACGGCAUCGCAGCGACGGUGAUGAGAUCAGUGUUGAAGCCAGCAAUCCCAGGGACCCUGAACGCAUCCAAGGCCGCGGCCAAGAAGCGUGGGGCGGAUGAGGCAUUCGGCCCCGAGUUGGACAACUGGGCGAGAUGCUCGACCAAGAGCAAAACUGAUGCAUCGGGCCGACCUGCAACUAUUUUGCUUCACGAGGCUGAGGAGAAUAAGCUGCUGCAGGAGGGCGCCGAUGCGCUGCCAUCCAGGGAAAUACAGGAACACUUGGCUGAGGUAUUUUUUGACGACAUAUAUGGCCAGGCCUAUCACUUGCUGCAUAGACCGAGUUACAUGAGGAAACUUAGAGCUGGAACUCUGCCACCGGUACUUAUCUUGUCUGUGUGUGCAGUCUCGGCACGAUUUUCGACACAUCCGAAGCUUAACACGAACCCAAACUUCCUACGUGGCGAGGAAUGGGCGUCUCAUGCGCGAGACAUAGUCAUGAGGAGAUAUGAGUGGCCAAACAUUACCAUUCUUACAUGCCUACUUAUACUUGGUCUGCACGAAUUUGGCACCUGUCAUGGUGGCCGGAGUUGGGCCCUGGGAGGCCAGGCCAUCCGUAUGGCUUUUGCACUCCAAUUACACAAAGACCUUGAAUAUGACCCGCAUUCGGGAAGGGCUCAGCUCAGCUUCAUCGACCGCGAAAUUCGGAGGAGGACGAUGUGGGCAUGUUUCUUGAUGGACCGUUUCAACUCGUCCGGCACGGAAAGACCAACGUUCAUCAAGGAAGACACGGUCAAGAUACCAUUACCGGUUAAAGAAAAAUACUUCCAACUGGAUAUUCCCGGCGCAACGGAGGACCUGAACGGCCCUACACUCAACCCUAUGGAUAUGGACGAAGACCAGGCUUCUCAGUUUAAGGAGAACAUGGGCGUUGCGGCGUACAUGGUCCGGUCUAUUGCCAUAUGGGGUCGGAUCAUCAACUAUCUGAACCAAGGAGGCAAGGAGUUGGACCCUCAUCCAAUGUGGAGCCCCGACGCCGAAUACGCCAAGCUCAUCAAGCAGUCUGAAGAUCUUCCGGCAAGCCUUCCCGAUUCACUACAAUACAAUAGGGAGAAUCUGAAACUACAUGACACCGAGGGCAUGGCAAACCAGUUUCUGUUCCUUCACAUCUCGAUUCAGCAGAACAUACUGUUCAUGAACAGGUUUGCAGUCUCCUCUCCAGGUAGCAUAGCCCAGCAGGAUGUACCUAAAUCAUUCGUCACCAAGGCCGGUGCCAAGGCGUUUGCGGCUGCCAACCGCAUGUCGGAACUCCUCAAGGACGCAGAGCCGUAUCUCGUAUCUGCCCCGUUUGUGGGGUACUGUACCUUCCUUUCCAGCACCGUCCACAUAUUCGGAAUAUUCUCGGGCAACCCUGCCAUCGAGACGACGUCAAAGCGGAAUCUCGCGACAAACGUGAGGUUCCUGUCCAAGAUGAAGCGUUUCUGGGGCAUGUUCCACUUUAUGACAGAGAACCUCCGUGAACAGUAUCGCGCCUGUGCAGAUGCUGCUAGGCAAGGAAACCCAGCAAAUGAGAACAGCCCUCAAAUAUUCCAGUACGGAGACUGGUUCGACCGAUACCCCCACGGUGUUUCUCAAUCCGACUUUUUGGACCCGGUGAAAUAUAGGGCGAAAGAGAAGGGCAACGACGCGGUUCUGGAACAGAAGCCAGAGCUGGCCACGGUCGAGGAGUUUAUGACAAAGAUGUCACCGCGGAGUGCCGAAGGCGCAGUCAACAACAGCCAGGGCGGCAAGCCUCAACCAGCAAAGAGAAAAUCUAUCGCCAAAAGAGGUGGUAGUACAACUUCGCGGUCGGACCACCAGCCAGAUCCUAUCAUGACAGAUGUCGGCAAGCAUGGUCCCACAGAGCAACAAGCACAACAGCAGCCGCAACAACAGGCGAACAACAGACGGAGGUUCUCUGGGACCGUGGGGGGACAGACAAAUGCGCCAAGCUUCAGCCCGCUGACAAUACCUCAGUCGGCGAACCAGGCGCCAUACCAUACUCUGUCACCCAUCAGUCCAGUCGCAAUGAACGCCUUUCCCCAUCAUAACCACCACCACCACCAUCAGAAUUCACAAUUUUACUCACCAGAGCUGCUAUCUUUAUCACUGUCUCAGCAGACAACUGCAGGCAUUUUACCACAGCUCGAUCGCCAGCUAGUCUUUGGCGCAUACGGCGCUUUGGAUCCCGGUAUGACAAACCAGAUGCUGGAUGGAGGUGGCAUCUGGGACGGCAUGAGCGGUCAACGACACGGUGACGGCGGACGACGGACCCAUGGUUCGACGGCCGAAGCGCUGCACGCGGCCGUCGUGGGCCACACACUUACCCACCAUCACCAACCGGGCCACCAUGGUCACGAAGGCGCCUCGUCGGCAUGGUUUAUGCCCUUCAACAUGGAGCCCCCCGAGAUCGGUCACGACUUGACAAGUCUCGACGGACUUGGCGCAAUGUUUGGCGGGGCCAUGACUACACAGGGCGGAAUGGGCGGCGGCGGAGGCAACCCAAACCACAACGGCCACUAGAGAUGGUACGGCACGGUCUGGGAUGCUAGGUCGUCGCUUUUGUCGCCCGGAAGCAUGAACGAAGAGGUUGCGCGCUGGGCGGGGAUGAGCGUAUGUCUCAAGCAGCGUGAUCAUCAUCAGCUUGGGGCGGAUUGACGAGUCCAAAAAUGACGGGCAAUGUAGCAAAAGCGGGCGUUAAAUUUUUUUUUUUUUUUGGAUUGAUCUCUUUUUGAAGAUUUAGGUCGAGAUACAAGGCAGAAAACUUUGAAGGCUGGGAGUAUUGCCAUCAGGAAAUAUCGUGAAGAACAGGCCGAAUUACCUGUUUUGCUUUUUUUUUUUUUUUUUUUUUUUUGUUUUCUUUUUUAUGCGAACAAAAAGCUACCUUGGGCAGGCAUCUUGAAAGGAGUUUACGAAUUACCUUGGACAUAUAAGGAUCGGCAAAUUCUUAAGCGUGGGAAUCUCAUUAACAAAAUGGGUUUAUUUCUUGUCCGGUCUUUUACUUUCCUCUUUCUCUUGCCUUUUCUCAAUUAGAUACCAUUUCCUAGGUGCGAUACCUCUUUCUGCUGAUAUCGGCAACAUAUAAAUGCAAUAAACCAACUUUUGCGUUGGCAGUGGAAAACAAAAGAA